AUGAAUUUGUUAAGUUGUUCUUGUUCUUCAACUCCAGUACUCAUUUUCUCAUCGAAACAAAAACAUCUAGUAAAAUCUUCUCUAUCAACCAAACCCACUGCUAGUUUGCCUUCAAUCAACACCCAAACCAACAAUUUCUUUGCUUCUUAUGCUAAAUCCAAAACCCUUGAUCAAACCCUUCAACUGUUUCAACUUCUUCCAACUCAAGACACAACUACAUGGAACACUCUGUUAUCAGCUUGUUUAAGCCAAUCUCAAUUAACCACUACCAUUAAUCUCUUCUUCCAAAUGAUCACCUCAGAUGCCUCUUUAGUACCUGAUGUUCUCACUUUCAGAUGGGUUCUUAGAGCUUUCUCUGAAACUAAAAGCUACUCGCUAGCUUUUCAAAUUCAUGCAUAUAUGACAAAAUUAUAUGGACCAUGUUCUCCUGAUUUGAUAACUAAUACUUGCUUGAUCAAUAUAUAUAGUGAAUUCGGAUGUAUUAAAUCUGCUCGUCCGUUGUUUGAUUUAAUUACCGAUAGAGAUGUUGUUGCUUUUACCUCCAUGAUGGUAGGUUAUAACAAUGCAGAUGAGUAUGCAGAGACAGUGGGGAUUUUCAAAUCCAUGGUUGGGAUUUAUGGAUUAACGCCCAAUGGGUUCAUUUUCACUUGUAUAUUAACUGCUUUGGCGAGUUUGUCGUCUUUGGUUGAGGGGGAAUAA